GACAUUGCCCUUCCUGGCCAGGCAGCCGGGCAGAGUCCAAUUUGACUCAUUCCCCACCUGACAGGCACAGGCCCCAGCUUCUUAACAGAAAACAACUCCACUUCAGUGCAUACAGCAGAGAAACACUCACCCUGGAGUCCAGUGGAAGAGGCAGUGCUCAGCUCUCCCCCGCCAUGGAGUACCUCUCUGCCUUGACCCCCAGCAGCCUGCUCAGGUCAGUAUCCCGUGUGAGCUCUGAGGUUGGGCGCAGGGUCUGGACCUCAGCCCCACCACCCCAGCGACCUUUCCGUGUCUGUGAUCACAAGCGGACCACCAGGAAAGGCCUAACAGCUGCCACCUACGAGGAACUGCUGGACAAGGCGUCCGAGACCCUGCUGCUGCACAGUGUCCUGACACUGGUGCUGGAGGAGGAUGGGACUUCCGUGGAGAGCGAAGACUUCUUCCAGAUGCUGGAGGAUGACACAUGCCUGAUGGCGCUGGAGCCGGGGCAGAGGUGGCAUCCCCCAAGGAGUGGGGUGCUGUCCUAUGGCCUAGGCCGCGAGAAGCCCAAGCACAGCAAAGACAUCGCCAGCAUCACCUUUGAUGUCUACAAGCAAAGUCCUCGAGACCUCUUUGGCAGCCUCAACAUCAAGGCCACAUUCUACGGACUCUAUUCCAUGAGCUGUGACUUUCAAGGACUGGGUCCGAAAAAAGUACUCAGGGAGCUCCUCCGCUGGGCCUCCAAGCUGCUGCGCGGCCUGGGCAACGCGCUGCUGGGGAUCUCCUCCACCCUUCGCCACGCAGGACAGCGGCAGCAACAGGGUCGCCUCCAUCACUACUGAGAAGGGGCUCUGAGCUUCUGCCCUGAGCUCAUCUCUCUCUCUCUCUCUCUCUCACACACACACAGUAAAAACUGUGAUAGCAUGAAGUUUGGGGACCUUCGGACAACACACCUGCUCCUGACUGCAUCCUGACAGGCUGCAUCAGUAUUAUGCCCAAUACCCUGCAGAAGAAUGCUGCCCCCUCUCUUCCCAGCCUUCCACCUACUCCAAAUAGCAUCUUGAUGCCACCCCGAGUACCGCUGCAUCCAGGCUGCCUAUAACACCUGUCUCUAAACUCCUCUGCGGUGACGCAAUAUACCAGUGCAGUAGUCUGCGCAAGCGCAUGGUGGACUGUGGGCGGAUACAGGCUGUGCUGGUGUACAAAGCAUUGUGGGUGGGCUGGAUAGACUUAAAAGUACAGCCAGCCGGAAGUCACACUCUCUUUUGGCUAUUGUUGCUUCUCCUGGCCGGGAGCAUCUCGGGGUGGAGGUGCACCAGAUUUUGCCAUGGCUACUUCUCCUGGCAACUGAACACGUGUGACUCUGCUAUCCAGUAAACUUUUAGACCCCUCUAGAACCAUGAGCAACCUUUACCAGAGAUGAUAAUUGUUUAUCUUAUGGGACUAAACUUUUGAUAACUAUACUCAGAUUUUAUGGACCUAGCGUAACCCUUGAUAAGUGCUUAUCUGCCUUUUGCCUGUUUCACCCUAAUAAACCUUGUAUUAUUUAAACCA